GCGGCGGCAUGGGUCGUUCGGGAAACGACUCGAACCAUCUAGCCGUCCCAUAAUCUAUCCGGGAGAAUCAUCCGAGCCGCGAAGAGAGAAGGUAAAGGCCGCACUGCAGGAUCGAACACUUCCGGUGACAGACGGCGAGGUCAGACAGGAUGGAGCCCACGGACAUGGAGAUGGAGGCGGCGGCGGCGGCGGCGGCGGCCGCGGCGGAGAUCGGGCCGCCGGCAGAGGCGGUGGGUUUCGCGGCCCAAGGAGGAGGCGGUAGCGGCGAGGGGCGCCGGUGGGGCUUGCUCGCCCUGGCGCGGCAGCUCGUUGAGCAGGGCAAACCUUCUCUCGCGCUCCGAGCGGUUACACUGGCCAUACAACAUGAAUGUGGAGAUCAUGCUGUUUUUGAGGUGCUAUGUCGCGCCCGCGAGCUGUACAGGCAGAAGCAGCAAGCCAACACCACUGUCGAUCAGCUUGCUUCUUUGUUUGCUCAGUGUGCAAUUGAUGAAGCCCGCCCCAUAAGCUCUGGUCCACCACCGCUGGUUCCUCCUCUAGGCAUUGUUGAUCCGGCUGCGCUUUUAGAUGCAAAUGACGCUUCCAUACUCGCACAGAGUGGAAGGAAGCAGAUCAUGCUGGACGCCUUUGCUGACGGGAGCAGCUUCAUCUGCUUGCGGUGUGGUGGGCUUGUAAGUAGUUCGCGCAAGGAUGAGCAUGUAGCUUACUGGUGCGGGAACACCUGAACUGAUGAACCUUCCUUUCUUUGUUGUAUAUCCCUGUAUUGUGAUCAUCAUCAUCAUCAUCUUCAUCUUCGGUGUCCCUUUCAGUCUGAGAUUUCUUGUACUUUAUGAAUGCCUAGGUAAUGCUAAAUAAAAACAGUUGAAUUUGAAAGACAUUGGACUACAGUUGCAACAUUUGUGACAGGUAAGAAAAUAUGGAGCAACAUUAACCACUUAUAUAUAUUUGCAUUAUAAAGAGGCUCCAAGAAUUGUUGCCGAUUGUUCUUCAUAAAA